AUGGCAGCUCCAGCAUCUGCAUAUAAGGACAGGCAAUUCCUUGCUGUUAUUGGGGAUGAGGACUCAGUAACUGGAUUGCUGCUGGCUGGUAUUGGUCAUGUCACUUCACCUCCGGAUUCGCAAAAGAACUUUCUAGUCGUCGACAGCAAGACCGAGAACGCAGCCAUUGAAGAAGCUUUUAAUCGCUUCACAACUGAGCGGAAGGACAUUGGUAUUCUCCUGAUCAACCAACAUAUUGCCGAGAGAAUACGUCACCGAGUCGAUACCUACACAGCUGCCUUUCCAGCUUUACUCGAGAUUCCAAGCAAGGACCAUCCAUAUGACCCCGAGAAGGACAGCGUUCUGAGGAGAGUACGAAGAUUAUUCGGCGAGUAG